AUGGCUCUGGUCAUAGUUAAAGCUUUUUGUGUCAUAGUGGCGGUGUCGUCCGUGUCUGCGGCACCAAGCGAACCCGAGGUAGAACGUACCGAGCAAGCUGCCCAACGUUACUUGGCUAAUCUGGAACCGGAGAUAUUGGCCCACAAGUCCAAGGAAGCUGAUCUUGCGUGGGAUUAUCUUUCGAACAGCAACGAUGAAACACUGAAGCGGCGUCAAGAGGGGAACACCCAAAUUGCACAGUUUUUCAAGAAAAUAGCUCAAGAACUGCGGCAGUACGACUACAACAGCUUCACAGAUCCCGACCUGAAACGUCGAAUCAAGAAGCUGAGUUAUCUGGGUUAUUCGGUCUUGGAUGAGGACAAAUUCAAGCAGCACUUCGAUGCGGUUGCUCGCAUGGAAAAGAACUUCGACACGGCAAAAGUAUGCGAAUAUCAGAACAUGUUGAAUUGUAACUUCACCCUAGAACAGGAGGUACAAGAAAGGCUGGCAAACAGCCGAGAUCCGGAGGAGCUCAAGCAUUACUGGGUGCAAUGGUACGAUGUUGCUGGUAAACCGGUGCGCAAAGAUUUCGAUAAAUACAUCACACUCAUUGCCGAAGCAGCACGGUUAAAUAAUUUCACAUCUGGUGCCGAACUCUGGCUGCACCCCUACGAAGACGAUUCAUUUGAGGCUCAGGUCGAUGCUGCCUUCGAACAAAUCAGACCUCUAUACGAACAGCUUCAUGCCUAUGUUCGCUACAAGCUUCGGGAGCAGUAUGGCAGCGAGAUUGUUUCGGAGAAGGGUCCAAUUCCAAUCCAUCUGCUGGGAUACAGUCACGGUCAAAAAUGGGACAACAUUAUGGACAUCUCAGCACCGUAUUCCGGUAAGGCGCUGUUCAAUAUCACCGAGGAAAUGGUUCGGCAAGGAUACACCGUGAGGAAAAUGUUUGAGCUUGGGGACGAGUUCUACCAAUCGCUGAAUAUGACAAAACUGCCACCAACCUUCUGGGAAAAGAGUAUCAUCGAGAAACGGGAAGAUGCCAAUUACUUUUGUCAUACUAGCAUGUGGGAUUUCUACAGAAAGGACGACGUUCGCAUCAGCAAGUGUACGCGUAUAACCAAGCAGGACUUGUACCUUGUCCACCAUGAAUUGGGAUUCAUUCAGUAUUACCUCCAGUACCAGAAUCAACCCAGUGUUUAUCGAGACGAAGCAAUGCCCGGAUUCUUUGAGACCUUUGCCCGGGGCUCCUCGCUAUCAGUAUCAAGCCCCAAAUAUUUGCAAAAGAUAGGUCUACUAAAGAAUUUAUUUAACGAAGAAUCAAAGCUGAACCAGCUUUAUCAAACGGCGGUAGAAAGAUUAGUAGUCUUACCGUACCUAUACUCAAUGGAGAAGUAUCGUUGGGGAAUUUUCCGUGGCGAAAUUAAGCCUGAGGAGUACAAUUGCAAGUACUGGGAGAUGCGCUCCAAGUACGCUGGAGUUGAGCCGCCGGUGAUGCGCAGUGAGAGUGAUUUCGAUUUCGGCUCUAUUAGAUACAUUUCAGCGGACUUCGUCCAAUACUUGGCGUCAUUUGUCAUGCAGUUCCAGCUCCAUCGGGCUGCUUGCGAGAAGGCGGGCGAGUACGUCAAGGGAGAUCCGGAGAAGACGCUGAACAACUGUGACAUCUCACAGAGCACCGUAGCGGGUAACGCGCUGAAGGAAAUCCUGGCGAUGGGAUCAUCGAAACCAUGGCCUGAUGUGCUGGAGAUGCUUACCGGCCAACGAAAGAUGAGUACUGAUGCGCUGCUUGAAUACUUCCAGCCGUUACAAGAUUGGUUGGUGAAAGAAAACAAAGCCCUCGGGGUCAACGUUGGAUGGGAGGCAAAUCUCAAAUGUGAAGCUGCUUAA